AUGGCCCAAUUUGACAACACCAACUUCGAAGACACGAUCAGGCUGCCCAACGAAGCUGCAAGCUUCGUUGUCCCAUUCGGCGCCUCACUUUUCGACCUCGUCACUGGCACCAUGCCCACUAUGGGCAUCUCUUCUCUCACAGAGCAGGAGGUGCUCUCCUUGCACCCUCCCCAGUCCACCCCUUUUGAUUACCGUUCGAUCCCUGUCCCCGCCUUCGCCAAACGUCUUGACGAGUCCACGCUCCAGUCUUUCUGGGAGCGCGGAUUUCGUAGCUUCCGUGUUGACGACCGCGGCCACGAGGUCUUUGCACCUUUCUGGCUCGGACGCUGGUGGUACAUCAACGCUGUUGGCGGUAGAUCAAAGGGGAAGUGGGCUAGCGCCUGGGCUUGGGUUCUCUUGCAUGGGAUGCGCGAAUCGGCGGCGUUCCAGUCGCUGACCUUGCUGACCUCUUCUCUGACAACUAUCUCCCUGGUUCCCUCAUCGAUCAUCUUCUACGCAUGA